CUGCUGCUCCAGCUGAGCUGGCUCACCACUUCACAGGCACGACCAGAACAGGACACCGCAUUCACAGACGGAGUGGACGUUCUAAGAGGCCUGCAUCUCAUAGACUCUCACAAGACAGCUCCAGAAGGAGUAAUAAGAGGUGACUAUGGCGUCAUCUUACAGAACAAGGCGCGCAUCAACACACGGGUCAGCAGAGUCUUCAAACAGGGAAUCCCCUCCGACUUUGCCUUCAUACUUGUCUUCCAAUCUUUCAAGAACUUCACAACUCAUCUUUUUUCCAUCAAGGACAAGCAGAAGAAGACACGGCUAGCUAUAAGAAUAGGAGCGAAAGAUAUCCAGUUUUACUAUGCAGAUAGGAAAAACUUCCCCGGACGCUACUCGCCGGUGUUUAAUUAUACAGCGAACGAUGGUAGAUGGCACUUCAUGUCGUUUAAAGUGAGUGACCAGGAGGUCACGAUGUAUACUUCUUGUGGAGAGAAGAAGGACCAGCGGAAUCUGGUGAGAAAUCCUUUUGACGAGAUCGGAAAAGAAGGAAGGAUCACGUUGGGUAGACUGAAGAGUAAAGGCAAAAGGUUUCAGGGUGCAAUAUGUCAGUUUGAGAUGUACUACGACCCUGCCGUGGCUGCUCAGUACUGCGACUACAUCCGCCAGCGCUGCCUCAAUUCCAUAUUGGACUUGGACAGCGUUCUCUCGCUACACGAAGGUAGAGUGCACAACAUGAACAUGCACGGGGGCUCCCCUACGGAGGUCCCCGACACUGUCGCCGCAGCUACUCCUACUGUACUGCCUCUAUCGCCCUUUCAUCGCGUGAAAAUCAUGCCCACUACCACCACGCAGGAGUCUCCGUGGUAUCCCAUAUUUACAGGUCAACCUGAAGAAGACAUGGAGCCCACAUCUGUUUCUACCACCACCACCACCCUCCCCACUCCUGGAAACCCGACACCGCCAUCAUCCACCGCUCAUACUGGUCAUGCCGCCUUGACCUUGUCACCAUCUUCUUCCCACAAAGUAACCUCGGCUGGCGGGGCGAGCUUGCCAGCCGCUGUCACUCAUUCUCCAGCAUCUCUGCCACCCUCUCUGCCUUCUGCAUAUCCCAUCUCACCCCCAGGGGAAGCCGACAGGAGCCCCACAGUGGAGCCUCCAAUGGGAGCCACCAUUCCAUCAGCGGUCGGCAGCCUGGACCCCAGGCCUGCCUCAGGGGGGCAGACCAGCACUGGGGAAGGCAGCUCCGGUUCUCCGGACCACCAGGAACCUAAGCCCAGUACCGAACCACCGGUCAUUUUCUAUGUGGAGGACUCUGAAGGAGAGACGUUAUUCUACAUCGUAAAAGGAGAGAAAGGUGACAAGGGACGCGCGGGUAUUCGUGGGCUACAGGGGUAUCCAGGCCCUCAAGGGAGACCAGGUCAACCGGGCCCACCUGGUUUUUCUGGAAGAACUGGCUCACCUGGCUUUUCUGGACUAAAGGGAGAGAAGGGUGAUCCAGGAUGGAUACCCCUGGUGGCUAUACCUGGCAGAAAGGGAGACAAAGGUUUUCCUGGAAUCCCUGGGCCGCCUGGAAGGAAGGGUCUGAAGGGUGACCAGGGAGAAGAUGGCCCUAUGGGACUACCUGGAGAAAAAGGACCCCCUGGCCAGCUGGGACAAGAAGGUCUGAAUGGGUUCCAAGGAAGACAGGGAAAGUCUGGUCCUCCAGGUCCACCUGGUCCUAAGGGUGAAACAGGUGACCCAGGACCACUUGGACCUCCUGGUUUACGAGGCAUAGAUGGAGAAAAGGGUGAGAGAGGGCCUCCUGGGAAACAGGGAAAAGUCGGAAGAUCGGGCUUUCCUGGAGACCCUGGUCCAAGAGGCCCACCCGGAUCUGACGGAGGACCAGGAAGAGCUGGACCAUCUGGUCCCAUAGGACUUCCUGGUUUACCUGGUGACAAAGGCUUUCCAGGAGAGCGCGGGAAACCAGGACGGCAAGGCAGAGAGGGUGUCCAAGGAGAUCCAGGACCUGGGGGACCCAAAGGUGAAAAGGGUGAGAUUGGUGAGUUUGGACCCCCUGGAGAGCGUGGCUUCAAAGGAGACCCUGGUACCAUCGGAGACAUAGGUCCCCAAGGCCCACUGGGAAAACCUGGAGGAGUGGGUGUGCAGGGAGAUAAAGGUGAACCUGGUGAUUCUGGACCUGCUGGACCCAAGGGCUAUCCCGGUGAUAUUGGCGUUCCUGGUAAAAAUGGACCAGCCGGCUCUAAGGGAGAGGGCGGACCAAUGGGACCUGAGGGUUUGCUUGGCCCUCCUGGACCUGAUCAUUGUAGCCAGCAGUCCAGCCUUAUCAGCUUUGGUCCUCUCCCAAUGGGCAGAGUGGAGACUGUUGGGACCAAACCAAAGCUAACAAGGGCAUCAAGGGAGACCCUGGGGGACCUGGUGAACCUGGUGGGCCGGGAGAAAUCGGUGCACCAGGUGAUGCUGGUAUUCCCGGGCCUGCUGGGGAAAAGGGAGACAGAGGUCCAGGUGGCAAGCCUGGUCCAGCAGGUGGUAAAGGGGAAGAUGGUCAUGAAGGUCCUGUUGGCCCACCUGGACUACCUGGCCCACCUGGCCCAGAAGGUCCGAAAGGUAUCCCAGGUAUACCCGGCAGAAGGGGAAAGAUCGGAUUUGCGGGUCCACAAGGAGAGGAAGGUAUUCCAGGAUCAGAGGGCAAACCUGGCAAAGAAGGUCCUCCAGGUAUCCAGGGGCCACCGGGACCAGAUGGGUGGACUCGGACCACUUGGCCCAAGAGGUGAACCAGGACUUAAGGGCUUGUCUGGUGCCAAAGGUGCUGUUGGUGAAAUCGGAGAAGACGGUGAUCCAGGAGAACCUGGGGCCAGGGGAGCCAUGGGAACUGUCGGGGACCAAGGCUUACAGGGCAGAGAUGGAGAGCCAGGACCACCAGGCUUUGAAGGCUUAAGAGGACCCCGAGGCAGCAAAGGUGCUAUGGGAAAACUUGGACCCCCUGGAAAAGAUGGCCCACCUGGUGCCCCUGGUCUGGCAUCUGAGGAACCUGGUGAGAAAGGAGAGAAGGGACAAGAGGGUUACCCAGGUGAUUCAGGACCUGUUGGUCAACAGGGUCAAAGAGGAGAUCCGGGUCUGAAGGGACCAUCAGGACCAGUGGGGUUACCUGGUGCAAUUGGACCUCCUGGUGCUGAUGGCAAAACCAGUGAAAGAGGUCGCCCUGGCAGAGAUGGCCCUAAGGGCCUGCGUGGUAACCGUGGUGCCCGCGGCUUCCCUGGGUUCCAGGGAGACCCAGGUCCAGUUGGGCCCGAAGGACAGGAGGGUGGCAGAGGGUCGGUGGGAGAUGCGGGAAACCCUGGAGAUCUUGGUCCUCAAGGAGAAGUGGGAUUACUUGGACAUACUGGGAAAGUAGGGGUUGAAGGUGUCAAGGGAAGCAGAGGCAACCCUGGUGAGCCGGGAAAAAGAGGAAAACAAGGAGAGCCCGGUCUAGCUGGAGAUGUUAUCAUCAGAGGCCCAAGAGGAGCUCCUGGUGAACCUGGAUCUCCAGGACCUGCAGGUCCACCCGGUGUUGAUGGACCAAAAGGGAAGCCAGGCGACAGAGGCUUUCCUGGACCAGUUGGAUUCAUAGGUGACACAGGCCCUGUUGGUAGCCCCGGAGUUCCUGGUAUGCCAGGCCUUGAUGGAAUACGCGGUGAAGAUGGUGAUCAAGGCGAACAGGGCCUUAUGGGUCCACCAGGAGUCAGAGGUAUCAGAGGAAGUACAGGCAACGUGGGAAGUCGAGGAGUUAUUGGAAUGCCAGGGGCACCAGGCAAACAGGGACCAAAGGGGGAAAAGGGGGAUGCUGGUGCACCUGGAUUACCAGGCACAACAGGCUUUCCUGGCUUUGAUGGCUUUCCUGGAACAUGGGGACCAAAGGGAGAUCCUGGCAAACCUGGUACGGUCGGUGUCCCGGGUACCGCUGGGCAGCCAGGCAGGAGGGGCAAGGUGGGGUCUGCUGGCGCGCCAGGGGUCAAAGGUAGCAGGGGACCAAGAGGAGCAGAGGGAGACGAGGGAAACCGUGGCUGGAACGGAUUCCCUGGCCCGCUGGGUAUCAAGGGCACUGUAGGUGAAUAUGGUUUUGACGGAAGACUUGGACCCAAAGGCCCUCCCGGGAAUGAAGGGUUAAAGGGUGUGAAAGGUCCUUCUGGUCCAGAUGGCAAGCCAGGUCCAGAGGGCGAAAAGGGAGUAAAGGGUGACCGUGGAACACCUGGUACGCAUGGCUUGCGGGGUGCACCAGGACCUCCUGGAAGACCAGGCCCUCCAGGCCCAACUGGGACUUUUCCCUCACUAUCUACCUCAGAGGAGUUUGAUGCCGCCAUUAAACUUCUCCUACAGAACACACAACGGGAGUUUGACAUUGAGGUGCCUCAAAGGGACCAACAGCAAAUGCAUAUGGAUGUUUUUGAAACCCUCCAGUACCUCACUUCUUACAUAGAAAGUAUUAAGAAUCCUCUGGGCACAAAAGAGAACCCUGCGAGAACAUGCAGGGACCUAGUGGACUGCAAGUACAAGAGAGAUGACGGAAAAUAUUGGAUUGACCCAAAUCUGGGCUGUUCCACCGAUGCCAUAGAGGUCUAUUGCAACUUUACAUCAGGUGGACAAACCUGUGUUAAACCUGCCACACCUGGAAGAUUUAACUUCACCAUAGGGAAAGUUCAGAUGAACUUCCUGCACUUACUGAGUGCAGAGGCAGCACAAGUUGUCACCGUCCACUGUAAAAACAGCCCUGUAUGGAGAACGCCACACAGAAGUAUUCCUGGGGUCAAGUUUAAAACGUGGAGCGGUCCUGUCUACCACUACGGCGGGCCGUUCCAACCAGAGGUUUUAGAAGAUAAUUGUAUGAAAGAAGAUGGUAAAUGGCACAAAACCAGAUUACUGUUCACAACAACAGAUGUCCACCACCUACCCAUCUCAGAUGUUGUUAUUCCAGAGGACAAAAGACUAGGUCUCCACUACAGAAUAGAAAUCAGUCCUGUCUGUUUCAUAUAGAUAUACAGAGAGAGAGAAAAUAUUAUAUUGUGUCCGAUGUCUCGUGGCCUAUAUCUUCAAACAUUUCCAAGAUCAAAAGAUACAAAUGAAGUAUGAUUUAGAAUUAUACUGCUGCAGUAAGUCCUAUACAGAGUACAAAAUGGUAAUAUAGAUAGUAAAGUGGUCUUAAUGCCCCCUUAAUUAAAUGACAUAAUCUGUCCGUCAUUUUCUUUACAUAUUGUGACUUUCUUUUGAGACAAAAAGCCCAAAUAUCUGUUUUAGUGAUAACUGUAAAAUGUCCCUUUACAAAAAUAUGUCUUACAAAAUUAUUGUAUUAGAGUGAUGUUAAGGGGGGAAAUUUUAUUUGUGACUUGAUCUUAAGAAGAGUUAAACUUAUCUGCUGGCAGAGACAACUUACAGAUGAAAAAGUAUGAAAACCAAGGAGGUUGGCAUCAAGUAAACAUACCUCACUACCCACUCAGUAUUUUGUUCUAUACAACUCAACUGGGUGCCGAUUGCUCUUUCCCCGUCACAAAUGGUGCUGUAAUGAUAUAAUAGUCUUUGUAAUGACGGGGAAAGGGGUAGCACAUAUAAAGUACCUCUAUCUGAGUUUUGGUAUGCAAAAGAUUGUAAUCUUUGACAGAGAAGCAAAGUGGCUGGCUAUAGGAAUAGAGCAAGGAAAAGUAUGAUAUGCCGGUCACUUUGCAUCUUUACACACUCAAGCAGAUUAUUAUGCAAGAUUAAUAUGUGAAAAUAUCAUAUUGGUGCUGUACAAGUACGAUCACUCUGUAGUAUGGUCUAGCCACUUUCUAUCUUUGUAAAUCAUGCACUUCAAAUCUCAUGGAAUACCUGACCUGUCGUGUAAAUAUCAUGUUGUUGUUUUUAAUUGGCUACGAUAUUGCAAAGUACAUGACAAUGUUUUAUUGGUUCUAUGUACCAUGAUUUUUUAUCAGCAGGAAUUUAUUUUUAUUUUAUUACUAUGUCAAUACUGUCAUUGUAUAACAAAUGCAAGAGUUUAUGGAGUGAGUUAGUUUUUUUUGCUCUUGCACGUGGAAGCUGUUGUACUGCAGGGAACGCCAUUUUACCGGCUUUGGUGCUGCGUCAUCGUUUUUAAAGAAUACUUGAAAAGAAAAUUUUACCAUCUAUAAUAUACCUUAAUAUGUACGUUUUUAAGAUGCCUAUGAAAAUUGUAAUUACGCCUAUACAGGUUAUGUUUAUGUCCAGUGUAUUGAAUAUUGAUAUAAAAUUUGUUGGGACUCGGUAGAUAAAGAGAUGAUCAUUGCUGUUAACGUCGACAGAUUUUUCUUCAUACAAUUUCGAAUAAUAGUACAGUACAGUUUUCAGAUGCAUGUUGUUUUCUGUUAGCCUGGAAUCCAGCCUUGUAGGCUUUGGUCCAUUCCCGAAAGUUGCUAGCUAGUGGAGUGGCGACCUUUGGGAGCUGACCAAAGUCAGCAAGGCUAAUUUCCAAGCAGAUCCUAUGGUGCCAGAAGACAGUAUCAAAGCUGGCAAACGAGUAUAGCCGGCCAAAGGAAGUCAGACGGGCAUACACCCUCUUUGACCGGCUUUACUCCUCUACCGGCCUUUGAUACUAGCUUAUCCUACUGCAGGAUCUGCUUGGAGAUUUAACAAGGCAGGCUAGAUUUCUGUACUCAGCUUGGUUGAGUGUAGAUCUGAAGUAGAGGUGCACCAGGCCAAGCUAAAGGGGUAUCUCUCUGGGCUGUACUACAUUAGCAGCAACGCUCUGUCCUAAAUUGAUUUGUUGUUAGCUUUAACUUUAUCAUGGGAACACCAUGCAAAACGUUCAGGUAUGACUAGAAACACCUUUAAAUGAAAAUAAUUGAGCGCUCUGUCAACAAAACAAGAUUCGUUUUUGUUUUAAUGAAAAUAGUUCUCUGAGUGCUCUGUCAUCAACAAAACACAAGAUUCAUCGUGUUUUUUUUUAAAUGAAAAUACUUGAACGCCCUGUCAAAUCACUUGGCCACAGUGAUGCCACCAAGGUACCACAGCAGCAGUGAGAUACCCCCACGAGGUAGACUUUAUACAUCCUACUCAAUGUACACAAGGCUGCUGUUAUGUUGGAUGUGAGUGGCAUACUUGCUGUAGGUGAUAAGCUUCGCUACAACCGCCCCGGUAUAUCUGCCUGUAAAUCAGCUACAGCCAUGGAGUGUUGUACAUGUUGUAGCAUUUUCUAAGAUCUCCAUAUUUCUAUAGUCCAGGCUUCUAUAUGUUGUAAAUAAGGUCGGGAAGCCUUCUCGUUCUCUGUACAAGUAGGCAUAUCACUUUUAUGAUUCCACGUUAUGAAAAUACUGGCUGUUAUGAAUAAAACACGGAGUUAUGAAGAAGAAAA